AUGACUGAUGCACUGAGCCACCUAGUAGUUGAUGGCAAUGAAGUUUUGGAGUUGAAAUUAGUACGAUCAGUGGAAGACAUUGAGGAUGAUGACACGAGCUUUGGUCCAGAAAUGUGUCAUCAAGUGUUUGGAGAGAAUGAAAAUAUUUUUGGUUAUACAGAUUUGCAUAUCAAGCUUUUUUACAGUGCUGGAAGCCUCCAAACAUACCUUGGGAUAGAAUAUACAGAUAAGAUUGAACCGAGCAAAUCUGGAGGAUUGAAACCGGAUGAUGUAGAAGGAGCACUAAGAAAAGUAUUGGCUCCUGGCUAUGUCUCAAAUUUGGAUCACUUCAUAUCUAUGUUAGAAAAGGAUAAAUAUUUUACACCACAUGGUCGUCUCUUACAUUCAUUUACAGUUACACCUCGUGAAGGUGGGGAUAAGCGAACAUUCGAAGUGUAUUAUAGUGAAAUUUCUACCCCUGGCUUCCUUGCAUACCACCAGCGUUUGCAAACUUUCCUGCUGUGGUAUGUUGAUGCUGCUUCUUUUAUUGACAUUGACGAUGAGCAGUGGACGUUCUUCACAGUAUUCGAGAAAUACCACAGUAGCGAUGGCGGUGUGCGCUAUGCGACCACAGCGUAUGCGACAGUAUAUCGUUAUUAUGCAUAUCCACGACACACUCGUCCUAGGGUGUCACAAGUACUCACACUUCCCCCUUAUCGGAAGCUUGGCUUGUGUGCAGAACUGCUUCAGUCAAUAUAUUUACAUUUUAUACCACAACCCGAAGUAGUGGACAUUACGGUAGAGGAUCCGUCGCAGGAAUUUCAGAGAAUAAGAGAUUAUGUAGAUGCCAAGAACUGUGAUACUCUUCCUGCUUAUCAACCGGCAAAACUUUUACAAGGUUUUACACCCGAAAUGGCAAAUCAAGCUUGCAACAAAUUUAAAAUCAAUAAGAAACAAGCGCGUCGUAUUUACGAAAUAUUGCGGCUAAAGAGUACUAACACCUCAGACAAGACUGCCUACUUAAACUACAGACUAGAUGUCAAGAAUAGGCUCAAUGCACCUUUUCAGAAAAAGAAAUUGGAAAUGAAGAAGUUGCAAAAAGUUUUAAAACCUGAAGAGUAUGCAGCAACUAUAAGCUCUACCGGAGCCAUUGAGACACAAGGCCGCCUCGCCAGCCAGUACUUAUCUUUGGAGGAAGAAUACCGACGCGUCAUACACAGAUUGGAGCAGGAUUAA